AUGUUAUUUGACAUUUCCAACGUGUACCAAGUUCAAGGCAUUGUUAGUUAUACUUUUCCAAAAUUCGGUAUCGUUGAGAUCUAGUCUGGCAUGUUUACCGUAACUUGUUCCGUAUAAUGUGACUAACGGAAAUUGUAAAUAUCCUUUGCUUUCGAUUCGUCACGACAACUCAAAGACAAAAGAUGUACCAAUCAAUUUUGAAAGACGAGCACAGGAUCUGUUAUACACCAUGCGAUAAUCGUACUGCGCGUUUAUGCGCAUUCUAAUGCUUUUUCUAUGCACGAUAUCGAUGUUUAAGAAGAAAAAUUGCUUUUCAAUGAUCGUUUCGAUUUACAGCAAGCGUUGUAAACAAAUACUACCGAUUGGUACUAUGUUUUAAAAGAUGCCAACCGAGGUUAACAUCGGCGAUUCAGCUUUCGGGAAAGACAAUGAAGAAGAUGAAUCCAGAGAACGAUCCGUUGCGUUAUUAACAGUUAGUACAUCCAGUCAGGAGCCUUCGGCUACGGUGAAACAUGUGGAAACAAACGCUACAAGAAAUGGUAAUAAAGCAUUUACGUCUAGUAUUCGAAAUGAUACUUUUAUAGAACAAACUGAAAAUGCCGCAUUACCGUUACAUUCAAAUUGUAUGCCAACUGAAAAUGGUUUGCAAGGAGAAGCAUCUUCUUGUCGACAAGAAGUAACGGACGAAAUAGACGAUAAUAGUACAGUACACGCCCUCGAAGAACAAAACUCUCAUUCCGAAUCAAAAUGUAAUAAAGAAAAUGCAAUUUUAAAGACUGUUGCUUGUACAACGUCGGCGUCGAUUAGCGAAAAUGAAGAUAAUAGCAGCAUUUCGUGUAAACUAAGUAGCGAAAUUAUGCAAAGCACCAAUCAGAGGCUCGCAUCGUUGUCUCAUAAGAAUUUAACAAGGAAAAAGUGCUUUCUAGCUAAUACCGAAAACAGUACUGGAAAAAUAGCAAGUAUCUCGGAACAAUUACCUUUAUCCUCCAGAAAUAUGAUCAGAAAGAAACAGUUUUUUAGCAGAGAUUUACAAUCUACUAGUACAGAAUCUCAGUACGAACAAAAUACAAGAGACCAACGGAACAAUAACGAUGAUAAUGUAUUCGGUGGUAAUGGUAAAGAUUCUUGUACAAGGGAUUGUGGUUUAGAACUUGUGGAUUUGGAGAGUCUAGCUUCGUGUAGUUUCGACAAACGAUUCAGUGGUAACAGUAGAGAUUCUUGUAUAAGGGAUUGCGGUUUGGAGCUUGUGGAUUUGGAAAGUCUAGCUUCGUGUAGUUUCGAUCAACGAUCGCAAUUUCAAAGCACUUCAACAAACGAAGGGCAUAGUAAUAUCGUAAAUGCGCAUAAACCAUUAAGUUUGGCAGAAAAUAAUAACAAGAGUACGUGCGAAAAUCUAAGUAAAUUCAACCAAGCUGGUACUUCGUAUUCGCCUGCAUUUAAAAUUGUGCCAAAACCUCGCAACGCUUUGGCAGAGUUGGCGCAUUGCAACGAUAGUACAAGAAAACCAUGUAAACUGCCAAUUUUAGAAAAUAUUCAUGGAACUGCCAGUGCUCAACAAAUCGAAUUCGAAGAGAAUGCUGUAUCACUUUUGGAACCAUCUUCUACUAAACAAGUUCGUUUAGAAGAAGCUCAAGGGAUAGAAAUAGAACCGCAUCGCUCUUCUAAUAGCAGCGAUGGAAGUAAUUCUGACACGGAAUCACAACAGGCGGUUCUAGGUCGUAAUGGGACCAAAAAGAGGCCAUGCGACACGAAUGGUGUUGUAACGAAAGAAGGUGUGGAAUAUUAUCAAUUGUGGCGGAGCACGGGGGGCUUUUCGUCUCCUGAACGUUUAUACGAAACUUUAUAUCCAAGUCCUCCGCCACUUCCACCACGGACAAUGCACAAACUUUUACACAGAAGUAAUGCUGGUCCGCCAGAAUUACCCAAAAGACAUCUGCAAAAAUACCCUGCACCUUUGCACCCCGAAGAUUGUUUUGGAUUUGAAAUUGUCGAUGUUGACGAAGCUUCUAAUUCAAAGUCGCGGACAGCUGUUACAAAAACUAUAGCGUUAUUGAGUUCACCAAGAGCACAUAGACCCCUGGAAAGACCAGAAACUGGGUUAACGAAUCAGUUAGAAUGUCCACCAACGCCUACGCAUCGGCCAAAACCAUUGCGUCCAUUACCGAUGUGCCAAACGUCAAAUGUACCGUUGUCAUCCGAGGAGCCCCUGCCCCCGUCAUGGGAAGCAAGGAUCGAUAGCCAUGGCCGAGUAUUCUACAUAGAUCAUGUUAAUCGUACUACAACUUGGCAAAGGCCCACUUUAACAACGCGAAACACCGGCUGUGACCUACGAAGACAGCAAUUGGAUAGACGAUAUCAAAGCGUGCGUCGAACUAUUUCUCGACCAGACAAUAUCGAUCGUGAACCGAGUAGCUCGCAACACGCGAACGGGAAUAACUUUGAGAAUGCUGAGCGAUCGAGUGCUGAACGAACCGAAAGAAACGAGCCCGAACCAUUCGACAUUAAUACGAGUCCUCCGGUAUUAUUUUUAACAAGACCAGACUUUUUCACGGAAUUACACACUAACGUGGAGGCGAUGGAGGUGUAUAAUCGUAAUCCCAGUCUAAAGCACAUGAUUAAUAGAGUUAGGAGAGACACAGCAGUUUUUCCGAGAUACGAACACAAUAAGGAUUUGGUUGCAUUGAUCAAUUUCUUUGCCGAUCCAGCCAAGGAGCUUCCAAGGGGUUACGAAUCGAAGCUUGAUAGAACGGGCAAAAGAUUCUUUAUCUGUCACGCUAGAAAAGCCACGUCUUACAUUGACCCACGGUUGCCUACCGAACCAGCACAUGCACGAACGUUAUUAGACGAAGCGCCCGUGCCACCCCCCAGACCGCAACAAUCAGCCAUUACAACCACGCCUGAUAUACCAGUUGCCUAUAACGAUAAAGUUGUUGCCUUUUUGCGCCAGCCAAAUAUAAUGGAUAUCUUGAAGGAAAGACAUUCGGCGCUAGGACAAAAUAUUGCGCUCCGAGAAAAAGUUAAUACCAUUCGAAUCGAAGGCAGUACUGCUUUGCAACGAUUGGGACACGAUGUACCCCUAGCUCUAUUGUUAAGCUUAUUUGAACAAGAGAUUAUGUCAUACGUACCUGGAAACGUGGGCAGGUCACCGCUGGGUAGUCCACACGCGUCGCCUGGCUUAACGAGAGCUUCUGCUAGAGCUCCAGCUCCGUACAGGAGAGAUUUCGAAGCUAAACUCAGAACGUUUUACAGAAAGCUAGAAAGCAAAGGGUAUGGACAGGGUCCAGGAAAAUUAAAAUUACAUAUUAGAAGAGAACAUCUUUUGGAAGACGCUUUUACUCGCAUUAUGGCUGCUUCGAAGAAAGAUUUGCAGAAAGGCAAAUUGGUAGUUAUGUUUGACCACGAAGAAGGAUUAGAUUACGGGGGACCCUCUCGGGAAUUUUUCUUUCAUCUGUCGCGCGAGCUUUUCAAUCCUUACUACGGAUUGUUCGAGUAUUCUGCUAACGAUACUUACACCGUACAAGUGUCACCGAUGUCAGCUUUCGUAGACAAUUAUCACGAUUGGUUCCGAUUCUCUGGCAGAGUUUUAGGUUUAGCCUUGGUUCAUCAAUACCUACUCGAUGCUUUUUUCACGAGGCCAUUUUAUAAAGCUCUUUUAAGAAUACCAGCAAGCCUAAGCGAUUUGGAAAGUUUGGAUCAAGAAUUUCACCAAAGUUUAAUGUGGAUCAAGGAGAAAGACAUAAGUAUAGAGCCGUUAGAAUUGACUUUCUCCGUUACGGAAGAACUGCUAGGUCGAGUGGCUGAACGCGAAUUAAAACCUGGCGGUAGAAAUAUCGCUGUUACCGAGAAAAAUAAGAAAGAAUAUCUCGAAAGAGUAGUGCGUUGGCGACUUGAGCGUGGAGUGGCAGAACAGACGGAAUCUUUGGUCCGUGGAUUUUACGAAGUUGUCGAUCCACGAUUGGUAUCGGUUUUCGAUGCACGAGAGUUAGAGCUGGUAAUAGCUGGAGCAGCUGAGAUCGAUCUCAACGAUUGGAGGACACACACGGAAUACAGGAGUGGUUAUCACGACGCACAUCCGGUAGUCGAAUGGUUCUGGAGCAGUAUAAGUCGAUUUACCAAUGAACAGAGGUUGAGGCUAUUACAAUUUGUUACUGGAACGUCAAGCAUUCCAUACGAAGGCUUCGCAGCUUUACGUGGUUCUACAGGACCACGAAAAUUUUGCAUCGAAAAAUGGGGAAGACCAAAUAGUUUGCCCAGAGCACACACAUGCUUUAAUCGUCUGGAUCUUCCGCCGUAUCCUACGCCUGAAAUUUUGUACGAAAAGCUUUUAUUGGCCGUAGAAGAAACAAAUACCUUCGGAAUAGAAUAAAAUGAAUCGUUUACGUGAUUACAGAAGAUAUACGAUAAUGUAACGCGGUUACGAGAUUAUUCUUCGUAUUAUUCGAAACAAUCGAAGCGUCUUUAAAGGAUUUAAAGGUAUAUUGGUAAUGUAUUCUAUUGUUCGGAAACUCGUAAUUGGAUUUUUAAGAUUACUACAAUCAAAACUGUAUCAAAAUGUAAAUAUCUAGAGGAAAAACAGUUGCGCAUAUUUUGAAAAUUUUAAAUAUUGUAUACAUGUUGCUGUAAUCUAUUUAUAUUGAAUCCGAAUGAUAAUUCGCGCACUACACGUCUUGUAUAAAAAUAAGAGAUUUAAUACAUUGUGCAAAAUAUUUCGAUAUAAAUAUAUACAGUUAUUUUUUCGUUCAAAUUUCUGUGAUUAUAGAGCUUGUUGGUAGAUUUAAUAGAGAAAAGAAAACUCUACUUUAAAUUGAUACAAAAUACGUCACUUAUUUAGCGUGAUUUAUACAAGAGCCUCUUUUUCUUCGCAUUUUACAACAGUACUCUUGCAACAUUUUCAAUGAAAAUCGAAAAACAAACAAUGCAUUUCACAAAAAUAUAUAGCGCAGUUACAUUAGUAAUUUAUUCUGUGGUCUAUUUAGUUCAUAGGUACAAUGAUCAUUUCUAGUCUAUAUUUUUAAAUAUUAAAUUCGCAGCUAUUUUUCUAAUAUUUCUAGACAUUCCAUGUCAAUUUACUUAAUAUUCUCCUAAUCUGUUUAAGAAGAAGAAAAUGCGAAAAAUGUUUAUAAGACAAAGAAAUUUUACUGCACAUUUAGAAAUAUCUUAUCAUGGGAUAUUAUUAUGUUUUAUAAACGUUUCUCCGCUACGUAUGUAAUUUAUAUAAUUUAUCUUCAGGUCGAGUAGCAAUUUAAUUAAGUGUUUGUAAAAUGUCCAGAAAACCUGUCAAUGAAUACACAACGAAAGUAUGGAUAACGAAGCAUAACGAAGGUUAUAAAGUCAAUGAAAGUAAUAGCAAUAAUAAUAAUUAAAUUACUGUUCAAAUAUUGAUUUUGCGUUUAGUAUUAACGUAGACACUUGACAGAAUUGCAUUCGACACGUAGAGCAUGUUUUGGAAUUUUCUUUCUACGAUUCUUUCGAAUCAACUGUAAUAAAAAAAAAAAAUAUGUUAUCGAGAUAUUGCAAAUGUCAUCACGCGAAGAAUUUAUGGACAGAUACAUACAUAGAUGCUCCGAUGCUUCAAGAAUUAUUCUACCUCCUAAACUUUCAUCUUGCUUCUACUGUUUGUUACGCAAGAAACUUGAAUCUCUUUAGUCGUUUCUUCUCCGCGGAAAAAAAGAACAAAAAAAAACAAAACAAAACAAAACAAAACAUAAUAUGGAUGAAAUGUUAAAUAUGGGCAGGUUUCUGACGAUGCGUGAGAAUUAAUAGUAAGGUCACUUUGGUUACGUUAUAUCGAGAUUGUACCGAAGAGUAACAGUUUACAUUAACCUAACGAUGAAUAUCUAACAAAAUUUGUAUCAAAGCAUUACGUGUAUAUAAUUAUUGGCAAAUUUAACGGUUAUCGAGCAUACAGUACUAUGCCUACAUGUUUACAAUAUACGAUUUUUACUUGACGAAAUUUAAAAUUGCGAUCAUUCUGAUCCUAUAAUAACAAUAACAACGGUGAUAUCGUUAAAUAACAAUAAUAAUAUCAAAGUAGUAACGAUAGUAACGCUAUUUAUUAAAAUGAAAAUACUAAUAUUAUGUGAUUGUUGAAAAUAAGUUGCACUUUAUAUUGUCUGUAAACUAGUCAUGUAGCAUAGCAAAAUGGUAGAACGUAGUAUGUACUGUACAUGGUACAGGCAUGUUAAUCUUAGUUAACACAACAUUUAUAACGAACCAUGACCGCGGGAGGGGCAUUCUUUACUUUAUUGUUAAAGAAAAUAAAAUGUGCCUCUUUUGUUAUGUUACAGUAA